CCUUUUUGAUUCUUUCACUAGUUAAACAUAGACUUUUCCCACAACUUUCCCAUUCUUAGUUGUCAAAAACAUAUGUCAAAAUCAAAAUUGUCAAAUUCGAUUUCGAUCCUUGAUCAUCAAUCUUGUGGAUAAAAUUAUGAAAUGAGAGCUUUCUUUUAAAUAAUUUAGAUACAAUUUUAAACAAUGACUAGCAUAGAGCUUGAUAUUUGGCGAGGAGAAUGGGGAUUAGCAUCCAUUGAUUUGGAAUGCCUCAAGGUUUUGACUUACAUGAAAUUUAUUGGAGUACCAGUGCGAGUCCGCGAAGCGAAUAAUCCGUUCUUCACCCCAAAAGGGCGUUUACCAGUCAUGAGAGAUGGACGUAAAGUUCUUACUAACUUUGAAGAAGUUGUGGAACAUUUGAAGUCCUUGCAUUAUAGCACAGAUGUUCACUUAAACACAAAGCAAGCAGCAGAGGCUAGUGCAUUUACUCAGUACCUCCGAGAUAAGCUGUACCCUGCGUACAUGUAUGCCUGGUGGGUAGACGAGAAGAACUAUGGUGAACUCACACGUCCCACAUACGCUAAAGCCCUGAGGAUUCCAUUUAACUUUUAUUACCCUUCGCGGUAUCAGAAUGCAGCCAAAGAAAUGAUAGAUGCAUUAUAUGGAGAGCAUACGGACUUAAAAGAAAUAGAAAAGACUAUUUACAACGAAGCAGAAAAGUGCCUUAAAACAUUGUCAGACCGUCUCGGAGAAAGUGAAUAUUUCUUUGGUAACAGGCCUUCUUCAUUUGACGCAACGGUGUUCGCUUACUUAGCUCCAUUAGUUAAAGCUCCUUUCCCCAACUCAUCACUGUCGAACCAUGUAAAAGGCAUAGCUAACCUGUCUCGGUUUGUUGCAAGGAUCAAUCAGAAAAACUUCAGGCAUGUUACAGAUGAAUAUAACAAGCAAAACAAGAAACAUUCAACGGGCACACAAUCGGAGAGAGAGGCAGCGAACUUCCCUAACCAAACUAGGAACAAGGUCUUGGCAGCUCUCUUCGCUGCCAUUGCUAUGACUGGUUAUGCCGUGGCCAAUGGCAUGUUCCAAGACUUGAAAGAUUUCGAACAUUCCGGGGAUUACAACGAGAUGUUUGAGAAUGAGGAGGACGACAACUGACGCUGGUGCUUGACUAGCUCGAAUGCGCGCGCCAGAACACCGAAGACAUAACGUUAGGGUAGAUGUUAGGCAACUUCAGGUUUGUUUACGCCUCGAAAUGACUGUGAGUUUACUGAACUGUUGUAAUUGUAAUAGAUAUAAUGUUAUUGUUAAACAAAUACUGUUAUUGCAUUUAUAUACCGCAUCGAAAUGAUUGUUUUCUGUUGUAAUCAUUGUGUAUUCGUUACCAUGAUCAUGUUUAUUAUGCUUUUGAUUGUUGAUAAAUUACCUUGGCCAACAAUCUUCUCAUUUGAUUUAGAAUUUCAAUUUCAAAGUGGACUUCAAUAUACAUUUUAAAUGUGAUUUUAAUAAAGUUGACCAAAUUAUAUACCAGAUUAUUUAUUGUUACAACAGCUAGUCUAGGGUAGGUUCAUCGCAGCUUUUUGGUGACUAGAUUUAGAUUUGUGGUUCCUGUAAUGAUAAUGACCAAAAAUCCUAUGGUGAAUUUAUGUUUAUAACAUAAUAGAUUUAAGGUGUCAAUUCUGAGAUAUAAUAAAAUGUUCAUGCGAGAGACGCCGAGCCCUUUGUAAGUCCGUCAUAUCGAAUCUUGUCAUUAGAACUUCAUGGUCAUGGGCCAUUCUGAAGAAUGGACCAUAAAUAUUAAGUACUGCAUUGUCUAAAAUUACCUAUAUACUGUAUCUCAGAAUAAGCACCGCUUUGCAAAUUUGCUCAAGAUACAUUACACUAUUGUAGUCAUGUGCACUGUAACAUAUCCAAAGCAUUUAGUGGUGUUAGUGAAAUUAGUUUGAGGCAGUUUGUGACUGUCAAAUGUUUUGCCUGAUAAAGUAGCGCAAUUUUGUUCUGUGAACGAGGAAUUGUUAGUUUUAUUUAUUCAGUGCAUGAAUUAAAUGCGAUUGUGGUAUGUUAA